AUGCCAGGAGGAAAUUUUCGAGCAGUAAAUGGAGUUUUUCGAAAUGAAUUUCCUGACAAGAAAAUGCCAACUCCACAAGCAAUUCACAAAUUAGUAAAAAAAGUUUCAUCAGACAGUUCUGUCGAAGAUUCACCACGAAGUGGCAGAUCGACAACAGUUAGAACAAAAGAAAAAGUGCAACUCGUUUCUGAAACUUUUGCUCAAAAUCCACAAAUGUCUCAAAGACAUGCAUCACUUGCGCUUGGUAUCUCACGUAGAAGUUUACAACGUCUUAUGCAAGAUCUGAAUUUAAAACCAUAUAAGCCAAGCUUGUUAGGAGCGUUGAACCAGGAUGAUCCAGAUCGACGAUUGAAAUUUUGUGAAUGGAUUUUAAAUUCAGCUCAAGAAGAUCCGACUCUAUUAGAUCGCGUCCUUUGA